GCUCUCGGCGUCCCCUUCCUUUAGCGCCUUGCUGCGGGGCCACGGAACCUCAGCGGGAGGAGGGGGCGGCGUCCAGCAUCUGUCACCGGUGGGGGACUCACUUCGGGGGAACGGAAAACCGGAGCUGUAGCCCGGGGCCAGUCCAGCGAGGCUGAAGUGUAAGUGCAGGCUCCUUCUUCAGCUGUCACCUGCAAAUGUAAGUCAGGUGAACCAGGGUCUCUUUUCAAGCACUUUUCCUGCUUUCUGCUUUGAUUGAACUUGCAUCCAAAAUGACCACCCUGCCUCCACUGCCCGUGACACACCCAAAGCUUGUGACCUUAGCCAAACAGAAGCUGCCAUGCUCCCGUGGAACCAUUCCCAGGUCUCAAUUGAUCAAAGAGAAAGAUGACAUAGAUCAUUAUCUGGAGGUGAAUUUCAAAGGAUUGUCAAAAGAGGAGGUUGCUGCUCACAGGAACUCCUACAAGAAGAAUAUCUGCGUUGACAUGCUGCGGGACGGUUAUCACAAGUCCUUCACGGAGCUCUUCGCUCUCAUGGAACAGUGGGAGGCCCUGAGGGAGGCCGCGAGACUCCGGUCCCUCAUCUGGCAGCAGAAGCCCCUGGAGGAGCAGCCGGAUAAACUGGACUACUUCUACCACUACCUGACCAGGGCUGAGGCUGCCGAGAGGAAAGAAUACUUUGAAGAUGUAUAUAACAAUUUGUAUGCUCUGGCCUGUUACUUCAAUAAUUCUGAGGACAAGUGGGUAAGGAACCAUUUCUACCAACGAUGUUUUAAGAUCGCUCAACGGGUCAAAAUUGAUGGCGGGAAGAAGGAAGCCGAGGCGUAUGCGCACAUGGGUCUUCUCCAUGAGGAAGAUGGUCAGCUUCUGGAAGCUGCCGGGUAUUAUGAGACAUUCCAUCAAUUGACACAGGGGCGGCUAUGGAAGGAUGAGACAGGCCACAUCCUCAACUUGCUGGCCUGUGAGAGUCUCCUGAGGACUUACAGAUUACUCUCCGACAAGAUGCUGGAGAAUAAAGAAUACAAACAGGCCAUCAAAAUUCUAAUAAAAGCUACUGAAAUAGCCAAAGAAGCAAAUGACAAGAAGAUGGAAGGAGAAGCUUCCUAUUACUUGGGAUUAGCACACUUGGCUGCUGCAGAGUACGAGACAGCAUUAACAGUCCUUAACACGUGCUGCAGAAUCUCUGCAGACCUCGAUGAUGAUCUCAGCCUGGGGAGAGCCUAUGAAGCAGUAGCCAAGGUCUUGAGGAGCCAAGGAGAGACAACGGAAGCAAUUAAAUACUUGAAAAAGUACUUGAAAAUUUCCAGAAACACUUUUCAAAGCCUAGAUAUUGUGAGAGCAAGUACAAUGCUUGGAGACAUCUACAACGAAAAAGGAGACUACAGCAAGGCUUCUAAAUCCUUCCACCAAGCUUUUGACACAACUGUAAAGCUAAUGAACAUGUCUCUGAUGGACGAGACCAAAGUUCAUUAUGGAAUAGCAAAAGUGGAUCAGAUGAUGCUGACAAUAAGCAGCUACAUAGAAUCUGCAGAUCUCACCAGCCUGGACUCCUUGCUGUCUUGGAAGGAGAGCAGAAGUGACAUUGAGCUUGAUCUGGUUACUGGAGAGUCUAGAAGAUCCACAGAAGAAAGUGAAAUUCAAAACACAGAAUAUUUGGAAGAAUUCAACAGGUUUCUAGAUGAAAAAACUGAAACUUAAAUCAAGCAGCUUUUGACUCAACAUCAAAGCAAGAAGAAAUUUAUCACAUCAUUUUGACUUUGAUCCCUGUAAUAGGAACAUGUCACAAAUAAUAUAGGGUUAUAAUAAAAUUGACUGACUUGGUUUUUGGUUUGCUACAAAUUUAGACUAUAACAUCUAAGUCCCUGAAAAUUAUACCUACCCCACAUGCAUAGUAAACUGACAAUUAUCCAUAAAAUAAACUACAAAAUUUUUCUUCUUACGAACUACUCCACAAGAAGGAGUGAUACAGUAGAAUCAAAACUCAUUAUUUCUAAUGAGAAAAUAAUUAUAAGUUUAUGGAAAUCUCCUGUGUUGAAUAAAUUCAGAAUAAUCUAAAAUUUCAGGGAAGCUUUUCAACAUAGAUAAAAGGAUUGUAAGUGAUAAAGUAAUUGCAUUGGUAAGUACCAUCAAAGGAGUUUGCUUUACCUACAUAAAAGUAUGUUUUGUGACAGUUUUAGCAGAUAGAAUAUAACCUAACUUAUUCAUGUCGAUUUUAAAAGAUUAAGAAAAUCCUUCAGUCUUCUCUAAUGUGUCUUGCAAUAGAAAGGACACAGCUGAGAUGUUUAUGUGUAUACUAUCUGCAAGUCUCAGGGGAACCCAUGAAGGAAAUGCAUUACCAACAAUAAAGACUUCUGUUCUCAUUUAA